AUGAAUGUCACAGUGACCCAAUCAGUGACAAUAGAUGUGUUGGCAAAGAGAAAUAUUUAUCCAAAGUUUUCAGGGAGAAAAGAGGAUAAGCCGCAUCAAUCAUAUGUAUACCACAGUUCUCUUCUAUGUAAACAUGUAGAGAGCAUCGAAGCAAUUGUAAGUAAGAUUGAGAGUGACUUUAAAAGAGAUCCACCAACUACUUUACACAGGAAAAGUAAAGGAGAGUUUCAAAAGGAUCAGAGAAAGAAAUACAAAGCGUUUUGUCCUUCAAAAUUUGAUUUAUGUGCUAGGAAAAAGAAAAACCAAAAGAUCCCAGAAAAACAUUCACACUUAAAUUUGGAGAAAUGUCGUAUAGAAAAAGAUUUUCAAGAAAAACAUAUACCUUCAUAUUUUUCUAGGAAGUGUAAUAGAACAGUCAAUGAGAUUUACAGAAAAUAUCUUAAAACUAAUCCAAAUACAAUAAGAUAUUCCAACAUUAUAGAUAAAAUCAAAGAAACUAUUAAGAAAUUUGAACAUCAGAGUUGUUCAAGGCAUUUCCACAAUAAAAUUCGUUUUGGUUUUGACAGAAAAAGCAGAUAUUCAGAAAUUAAGGAAGACCUAAAGUUUAUUCUGUUUGGCUUACCUCAAAUAAGAAAUGAAUUCAUUCAGCUUUUCCCAGUGUAUGGGGCUUCUAAAAAUCUUGACGAAUUUGUAGAAAGAGAAAUAAAUGAAAAUCAGAGAAACAACGACCAAGAAACCUACUGCCAUUCAUUGAAUUUAGAACUUGUAAGACUGAGUUCAUUUCACAAUUUCCCAUCCUCCAGCUCAGUAUCAACGGUGAAACUUGCUCGUCAGGGGUUUUAUUAUUCAAGGGAAGAAGACACUGUUAUAUGUUUCGCUUGUGGAUUUAGAAAAAAUGAUUGGAAAAAAGAGGAUGAUGUUGAAACUAUUCAUAGAGCUGCCUCUCCAAACUGUCUGCUUCUUAAUUCAAAUUCUACGAGCAAUAUUCAAAUUGGAAGGAAUGAAGCAAAUGGCAUUGACGAAAAUUGUGUUAGCCAAAAUGAAGGUCAGCAAGGAAUAACUGGACCGUUUACAAAUGGAUCAAAUAUUGCAUCCCAAGUUUUAGUCAAUAAUGAAGAUAUAUCUAGAAACGUAAGAGAUUGUAUACAAAAUCAUUCUUUCAAUAGACCCCCAUUUGAUCAGCUCACAAAAACUAUAGCUCAACAAGAAAAGAUUAAUGCAUUCAUUCGAGACCUAGAUCCGCUAGGUAUUAACUUUGACCAUCCUAAGUAUCCUUCUUACGCAGCAUUAGCAGUGAGAAUUAGUUCCUUCACAGACUGGCCCUCAAGUAUCACACAGACUCCUAGAGACUUGGCCAUUGCAGGAUUUCUUUAUGCGGGAUAUGGAGAUUACACGCGAUGUUUCUUCUGUGGGGGAGGAUUACGAAACUGGGAACCUGGCGACGAUCCUUGGACAGAACAUGCCAGAUGGUUUCCGAAGUGUGCUUUCCUGAGACAGAACAAAGGGGACGAGUUUGUUGCGUUAGUGCAAAUUGAACACCAAGAAGAAGAGGCAUUAGGAGGAAUGAAUGGUCAAAUCGGCGUCCUAGCAAAUGAUAACAUAACAAUACAAUCCCAGAGUUCUGUACAAUGCGUUACAACACAUCCAGGUUUUCAAAGUCUGCUUGAAAUGGGUUACUCAUCUCCGACUAUUCAAAAAGCGUUUGAUCUCUUGAAAGAAACGAAAGAAUCGAUAGAUAUAAAGGCUGAAGAAAUUCUAGAAAUAGUUUUAGCUGAAGAAGAGACAACUGGAGAAGACACGUUACCGCCGUCUGCAUCAGGAGGCUUGGAAGAAAAAUUAACAAACGCAGGGAAGUCAAAACAACUUAAAACAGACACUUGCAAAGCUAUGGACUCUGAAGAAAUGAAUGAAGGAAGUGAUUUUCAUACGCAAAACCAAAGAGAUCUGAACAGUGUUAGCCAGUCUUUGGCGUCCAUGUCAGUUGAAGAGACAAGGUCACUCAUUGAAGAAAACAGAAAACUAAAGGAUCUACGGCUAUGUAAAAUCUGUCUUGAGAACGAGGCAUCUAUCGCCAUGUUACCUUGUGGUCACCUCUGCUGUUGUCCAGACUGUGCUCCGGCCAUGAGGAAAUGUCCGAUAUGUCGACAGUUUGUAAAAGGGACAGUUAAAACAUGGCUGGUUUAAUAAUUUUCCGGGAUAUCUUUUUAAAACAACCGUGAUGU